AUGGCUCAACUUGGCUGGCUUGGUUGCAUUUCCAUUCUCUUGUUUUGCACAUUUGGUGCACUUUAUGCUGCCACUCUUUUAGCAGAUUGCUACAGAUUUCCAGACCCAGUCACUGGCAAGAGAAGUUACUCUUGCAUGGAGGCUGUCAAAGCCUAUUUAGGUGGAACAAUUUACAAGUUACGUGGAUGGACGAUAUAUUUAAAUCUUGCUACCAUUGGAGUCGGCUUUACAAUAACUACGGCAAAGAGCAUGAUUGCCAUACAAAAAUCGAAUUGCCAUCGCAAAAAUGGCGGUGAUGACCCAUGCAAGUUCUCCAACAUUCGUUACAUUCCUCAUGUGAUUGGAUUUGGAAUCGUGGAAAUUUUCUCAUCACAACUCCCAAACUUUCAAAAGCACUCUUGGCUCCCAAAGCUUGCAGCAAUUAUGUCUUUUGGGUAUACCUUUCUCGGAAUUGGACUUUCCAUGACAAAAAUCAUAUCGGGUAAGUAACUCCAUCCACAAAAUAUGAAA